AUGCCCAAGUUCUACUGCGAAUAUUGUGACAUUUACCUCACCCAUUCCUCCCCCGCUGGCCGCCGCCAGCACGCCAGCGGCCGCCGCCACAUAAACCAGAAAGUUGAAUAUUUCCAGAACCUGCUGCGGGAAAGCACCUUCCAGGCGCCGGCCUUCAUAGACCAAGCGGUGGCCAUGCGGGCCAUUCAAAUCGUGGCCAACACCCCCCCAGGGGAAGUCGUCUCCACCCACAUGGGCAAUUGUACCAAAAUUAGAGAGCCCCGGGGGAGGCCCCGGGGGCCCCCCGGGGGCCCCCCGAGGCCGGGCUUUGAGGGGGACGACAGGGGGCCCCCCCGGUACCCUCCCCCGGGGGCCCCCCUGGGCCCCAUGGGGCCCAUGGGGGGCCCCCGCAUGGGGGGCCCCCCCCCCAACAUGCGCCCCCCAAUGCCCAUGCCCAUGGGGGGCCCCCCAAUGCCCAUGGGCAUGCCCAUGGGGGGCCCCCCCCCUCCCUUCAUGGGGGCCCGCUGA